GUAUUUUGUACCAUUUAUUCUGGACAGAGGGGUUUGUAAUGGUUGAUGGCUACAUUGUGGAACAGAUGUAGCUUUAAACCAUUCUACUUGUCAAGAAGUAUAAAGUCGCUCAGCAGAUAUUCAUCAACAGCCAAUUAUUGUGUCAAUCUUGUCAGGUAAAUAUAUACAUAUAAAAAUUAAUACUAGAUUACUGGUUAAAAAGUCAUGGACUUCAUAUUCCAGAGGUUUUUCAUUUUGCUUAUAUUGGAAAUUUUACACCAGAGAUUUCAAAAAUUUAAUAGUAAAGAUAUAGAAAGCGUCAAAGUUGAGCACCUGUUAUCUCGGUUGGGGCUUUACAAUACAGACUUCACACACUGGUAUGGCACAAAGCCAGCCAGGUUUUAGUGAGAUGCUGCCUUUAUUUUUAGGGAUCAAACUAACAGCUUUCAAUCAUUGCAAUUUGCACAUUGUCUUGGUUGGAAAAUUGCAAAUCACAUCUCCAAAUGAUGUGCAAACUUUAUAUUCCAAACUCAACACAUCAAGGUCAAAUUUGCAUGUUUUCCCUAUUUUAUUUUUGUACUAAAAGAGUAUUGCUGAAACAUUAUUGUGACGUAGGCUUCCUGAUUAAAAAUUGCUUGAAUUGAAUUGCAAACUUCGCAAUGUGUUUGAAAUUCUUUCAACAUAUUCACAAAAUUUGCGACACAAAUGGCUGCCGUUUUGUCAGUGCUUCCACUUUGCAAAUGUGGAAUUUCCUUGCAAUUUUGAUGAAUAUAAUUAAUUUCCUCCCACCCCAACCUCGUCCCCAAGGAAGAAGACCCUAGGGGCUGGGGACGAAGUUGCUCUCUGACCCAAACCCCAUUCUUGUACCCAGAGCCCUUCUUUUGCAUGUUCGACCGAGUGUGACGAGGGGCUCUGGCCAAACCCAUAACCAGAUACCAUAAAAACAUGGUAAGAAAACAAUGUCCGGUGUUAGAACUAGCCAAUCAGAUGCCAGUUCGGAUAUGGAUUUGGCCAGAGCCGCUUGUCGCACCGCGCGUAAGAAGGUCUCUGGGUACGAGAAUGACCCAAACCCUCUCUUCUCGGCUGAGCCUUACAAAUUUUUAGUCAAAUAAAACACCCCUCUGACUAAAAUACGCCGGGUAUAAUGGGAAGACGUAGAAAGCUACAUAAGGCUCUGCCAUAUAAUAUUUCUAUCAUGGCGUCAAUUAUAUAAGAUACCAUCUCACAUCCCGCGUUGUGCAUCACUGAAUGUCCUCUACUUUCCCUAUGUUAUCACUGCAAUUCUCUACUAUCCUUAUGUACCACCACAAUAUAUUUUAAUUUUAGACUCUGUGGAGGAGAGUGCCCAAACCCUCUUCCCUGGUUAUUAAUUCCUAUUAAAUUUCAUCUUGUAAACAUAUAUAUGGGACUGGCCUCAAUGAGGCCCUGCGAAUCCGGUGCAGCGCUGUAACUGACCGAGCUACAGAGGGUUGGUCUCAAAGCAGCUAGAUUGUGUUUAUUUUAUUAUUUUUAGGCAACAUGAUUUUGAAAAUUAUCUCUGUUGUCUGUUGGUCAACAAGGAGAGUCGUCACUCAAUAUUUGCAGUCAGGGCUUUCAAUGUUGAAAUAGCAAAAGUGAGUGGCGAUACAAACUAAUGCAGUGUGGCCUAUUUGUGGACUUGAGUAAUGUAUGACUUGAGAACCCUUGACACAAUUACAGAAAGUGUUCGGCCAGGAUCUGAAAUUAGCCACCCAAGCUAUAAAUCAUCGGCAUCAACAAAACUCCAAUCGGAACGUAUUGUGUAUUAACCCAUUGAGUGGCAGCACUCUCCACUUGACGAGUAAAAUCACCUGCCGUUAGACAGAGUAAAAUACUAAAGUAGUCAGACAAAUACAAAUCCGGCCAGAUUUGAAAUCCGGUGCACCCCUAAAAGUAGGGUGCAUCAGGGUGCAUGCAUUGCCACUUAAAGGGUUAAGGGGAUGCAUGGGCAGUUUGUUUGGUUAACCCAUUGAGUGGCAGCACUCUUCACUUGAGAAGUAAAAUCGUCUGGCGUUAGAGAGAGUAAAAUACUAAUUAAAAGUAAUGUGCAUCAGGGUGCAUGCAUUGCCACUUAAAGGGUUAAGGGGAUGCAUGGGCAGUUUGUAUGGUUAACCCAUUGAGUGGUAGCACUCUCCACUUGACGAAUAAAAUCACCUGCCAUUAGACAGAGUAAAAUACUAAAGUAGGGCACGUCAGGGUGCAUGCAUUGCCACUUAAAGGGUUAAGGGGAUGCAUGGGCAGUUUGUUUGCCCAUUGAGUGGCAGGACUCUCCACUUGACGAGUAAAAUACUCUGGCGUUAGACAGCGUAAAAUACUGAAGUAUAGGGUGCAUCAGGGUGACUUUGACCAAUUAUUGAGUGUGCAUUGCCACUUAAAGGGUUAAUGAAAUGUUAUUAUUAUUGUAGGUACUGUUUGGCAGUGAGAGAUUAAUAAAUAUGAAUUUCAUCGUUUUCAGAUAUGUGACUCCACCACUGUGGAAACGAUUGGCAAAAUGAAGAUACAGUUCUGGAAAGAUACAAUAGAUAGCAUUUAUACAAAGGUAGAACUUAAAUAUUAAAAGACAACGUUUUCCUUGUCAUGUUGCCUCUUACAUGCAGGGAUGGAUUCACUGGGGUUGCACCCCCCUAGCCCUGGGCAGGGGGGCGGUGCUAUUUUUCAUGAUAAAGCAAAAAAUUAUUAGAGGCAAAAUGAGGUACUGCAGUAAUUUGAGUAAUAACAUGAUGAUAAGCAAACUGUGAACAACAAUUACAAUUCAAAUACAGUAGCCAACCAAGACAUUGCGGUUAGUGAAGCAAGUGGAUGGGUGGGCGGCGGCGCACAUGACCGACAUAACUCGGCACCAGAGCUGGCAGAGCACCCUCCCCUACAAGAUCAUGCUGGAUCCAUCCCUGCUUACAUGCUCACUUCUUUAAUUGGGACAUUAAUUUGUGUUUACAAGAUUUAUGGAAUCGUUUGAUUGUUUGAUAUAUAUAUUUCAGGGGAUAUGUCCAGAUCAUCCAGUUGCGAAAGAACUGCAAAAGGUACCAAAAGAUUUUUGUAAUACUCAUCGUAUAUAGCUAAGGAAUAAGAUACUGAGCU